AUUAUUUGACCUCAAGGGCUCGCGAAGGCUUUGCGCCUUAGAGGUCAUCGUCUCCAUUCUUCCCUGUCAAGCUCUCUCUUCUCUCUCCGUAGCUCCGACCGUUCGUUAAACCCCAAUGCGAUCGCGAUGACAGGAAACGAGUUCCGAUUCUUUCUUUCUUGCGAUAUAAAUCUCCCCGUGACCUUCCGAAUUGAGAGAUUGGAAGGGAACCUGCCGCAAUCUCCAGCUUCAUCCGAACUUGACACAUCAACUGAGAACAGAAACGCGGAGCUAUAUGUUGAAUGUGCCCUCUACAUUGAUGGGGCUCCCUUUGGCCUGUCGACCAAAACAAGGCUGGAAUCUUCGGGAUACCCAUAUUGCUGGAAUGAGCUUAUAACAUUGAGUACCAAGUAUCGAGACUUAACUUCUCAGGCACAACUUGCAUUCACUGUGUGGGAUGUCUCAUGUGGUAAUAAUGAUGGUUUAGUUGGUGGAGCGACUGUUUUUCUUUUUAAUAGCAAAAAGCAACUAAAAGCAGGAAGGAAAAAGCUUCGACUUUGGCCUGGAAAAGAAGCAGAUGGAACAAUCCCAAGUACUACACCUGGAAAGGUUCCUAAGUGUGAGCAAGGGGAGAUAGAGCGUCUAGAGAGGCUUGUAAACAAGUACGAGAGGGGGCAGAUACAGCAUAUUGAUUGGCUGGACCGUCUCACAUUUAAGGCUGUGGAGAAAAUUAAGGAAAGAGAAAGCAGUAGACGCGACAAUUCACACAUCAGCCUGGUAGUCGACUUCUGUAGUUUCGAGCACAGAGUUGUUUUUCAGGAGUCUGGAGCAAAUUUUUAUGCACCAUCUCCUGUAUCAUCAACAAAUGAGCUUGUUACUGUAUGGGAUCCUGAAGUCGGUAGAACAAAUCCUUCAGAACACAAGCAACUAAAACUUGCGAGGAGCUUGGCUCGUGGGAUAAUCGAUAGGGAUCUAAAACCAAGUUCUAAUGAAAGGAAGUCAAUACAAAGAAUCCUCAAGUACCCUCCAACACGCACACUGAGCGGUGACGAGAGGCAAUUAUUAUGGAAAUUUCGUUUCUCUUUGAUGUCAGAGAAGAGGGCCCUCACUAAGUUUCUCCGUUGUGUUGAAUGGACUGAUGUUCAGGAAGCAAAACAAGCAAUUGAUUUGAUGGGGAGGUGGGAAACCAUUGAUGUGGCUGAUGCAUUGGAACUUUUGUCUCCGGUUUUCGAGAGUGAAGAAGUUCGUGCAUAUGCUGUAAGCGUUCUCGAAAGGGCUGAUGAUGAAGAGCUUCAGUGCUAUUUACUUCAGUUGGUGCAAGCUCUUCGGUUUGAAAGAUCUGAUAAAUCUCGCUUGUCACUUUUUCUUGUUCAACGAUCGUUAUCAAAUAUUGAGAUCGCUAGCUUCCUUCGCUGGUAUGUAGCAGUGGAGCUUCAUGAUCCUACAUAUGCAAAGCGUUUUUAUUGCACCUAUGACAUGCUAGAAGAUAGUAUGGUGAAAAUGGAGGCUGCUGCCAAUGGAGAUGAAGAUGGGUUUAAGUUGUGGCAAAGUUUAGUGUGCCAGACAGAGUUGACAGCUCAGUUGUGUUCUAUUAUGAGAGAUGUAAGAAAUGUGCGUGGUGGAACACAAAAGAAAAUUGAAAAAUUAAGGCAACUUCUUUCUGGACUUCUUAGUGAGCUUACCUACUUUGAAGAGCCAAUUCGAUCACCUCUAGCACCUCGUGUACUCAUAAUUGGGAUUGUGCCAUCAGAGUCAUCGAUCUUUAAAAGUGCAUUGCAUCCUCUUCGUCUAACAUGUCGAACAGCAAGUGGUGGGACUUGUAAAUUGAUCUUUAAGAAGGGAGAUGACCUGCGACAGGAUCAGUUGGUGAUUCAAAUGGUUACUCUUAUGGAUCGGUUGCUUAAACUGGAGAAUCUUGACUUGCAUUUAACUCCAUAUAGAGUGCUUGCUACUGGGCAAGAUGAAGGGAUGAUGGAAUUUAUUCCUUCCAGCUCUCUAGCACAGAUCCUAUCAGAGCACCGUAGUAUUGUGAACUAUCUGCAGAAGUUCCAUCCUGAUGAAGAUGGACCAUUUGGUAUUACUGCUCAAUGUCUUGAAACAUUUAUAAAGAGCUGUGCUGGUUACUCUGUUAUCACAUACAUAUUGGGAAUAGGAGACAGACAUCUGGAUAACCUCCUUCUUAGAGAUGAUGGUCGCCUAUUCCAUGUUGAUUUUGGCUUCAUCUUGGGUCGUGAUCCCAAGCCAUUUCCUCCUCCCAUGAAACUUUGCAAAGAAAUGGUUGAGGCCAUGGGUGGAGCAGAAAGUCAGUAUUAUACCAGGUUUAAAUCUUAUUGUUGUGAAGCAUACAACAUUCUGCGGAAGUCCAGCAACCUUAUACUGAAUCUCUUUCAUUUAAUGGCUGGUUCUAACAUACCUGAUAUAGCUUCUGACCCUGAAAAGGGCAUUCUCAAGCUUCAAGAGAAAUUCCGGUUGGAUUUGGACGACGAGGAUUCCAUACAUUUCUUCCAGGAUCUCAUCAAUGAGAGUGUUAGUGCAUUGUUUCCUCAAAUGGUUGAGACCAUUCAUCGAUGGGCCCAGUAUUGGCGUUGAUUUUGGUACUCCCAAUGGGUGGACUAAUAACUUUUAUGGAUAAUCCACAAGCAAAGUAAGUUCAAUUAAAUUGAUUCUGUGCCUUUAUCCAGUUCCUGUUCUUUCCUUUUUUUUCCUUCUUUUUUAUGUAGGGAUGGGGGAACCCAUCAACCAGUUCAUCUGAUUGACUUGUGUAGGUAAGUUCUCUUGUUCGUGCAAACAAGUCUUCAAAUAUUAUAGUUUUGCAAUGUUUUAUAUUAAUCCGGAUCGUGCUAGGUCAUUUAGUAGUAUGCUAGCCUCUGUUAUUUUGGAUAUAUUUCUAUUACUGUUUCAAGGCAUUUCUCAUAACUUGGACUUUUCAUUUGUUUUAUCAGAUCCGGAGUCUCAUGGAGCUUUUAGUCAACUUUUGUUCAGAUCUGUAUAUAUUGUACAUGUUUUCUAGAGUUGGUAGGUAGCAAGGGUGCAUUCUGUCAAUGGUUAUAUGCUAGUUCUAAUCCAAUGGUUUUUGAUCCUAAAGAUGUUUUGACGCUCAUGCCAUUUAUCUUUUCAUCGCAUUGUUAUAUUCUUGAAAGGAAGGGGUGCAGUUCUAAUCCAAUGGUUUUUGAUCCUAAAGAUGUUUUGACGCUCAUGCCAUUUAUCUUUUCAUCGCAUUGUUAUAUUCUUGAAAGGAAGGGGUGUGCACCCGCCCUGUAAUUGUCGUAGCCAUAUACUUGGACAUACGCCACACCGAAUUCGAGCCUAGAACUUUGGUUGCCAAGGGAUGGGAUCAUUUGAGCGAGGCUUUGGUUCUGGUUUUGGUUAUUCCUGAGCCUAUUUGACCCAAUGCUAUUUGUGGGGUGGAACCGAGAUCAUUCUGAUGGAGAUGGGGAAAUUCCUGUGGCUAUAUAAUUUGUUGAGCGGACUCUCAAGAUUUCCAUGUAAAUCUCACUUCACACGUUUGUAUAUGUUAUAUGUUAUGUACUAUAUCUAUUACAAGAGAAAAUUGAAAAAAAAAAAUAGGCUUUUGGCA